AUGGGGGAGGUGGCGGCGACGACCGCAGGAGACGGCGACGGGGCGGCGAUGAGGAGGGCCGUGAGGCGGCUGAGCCUCGGCGCCGCGUCGGAGGUGGAGAGGGCGGAAGCGGCCGGGGAGGUCGGGAGGCUGGCGCGGUCGGACGAGCGGACCAAGCGCGCCCUCCCGGAGCUCGGCGUCGUGCCGCCGCUCGUGUCCAUGCUCGCGGACGCCGGGGCAGGCGCCGGUGCACGUCUGGCCGCCGCGCGGGCGCUGCUCGAGCUCGCCAGAGGCACCCACAGAAACAAGGUGCACAUAGUGAAGGCCGGCCUUCUCAAGAAGCUGCCGAAGCUCAUGGACCUGUCAACAAGCCACGACCUCGCGCUCCUCCUCCUCUCCGUCUCCUCGCUGGCCAACACCGACUUCCCGCUCUCCACGGCCGACCUCCUCCCGUUCCUCGUCGCAACGCUCGGCGCCGCCGACGUCCCGGCCGACACGAGGCUGGCGUGCCUGGCCGCGCUCCGCAACCUCUCCGCCAAGCUCGAGCACGUCCGGGCCGUGGUCACCAGCGGCGCCGUGCGCGCGCUCCUGGCGCCCUCCCUGAUGGAGCAUACGGAGACGACAGCGGAGGCGGCGAUGGCUGUCCUCGCCGACGUGGCGGCGGCGAGCGCGGCGGGGAGGCGGGAGAUGGCGGAGGACGAGGAGGCGCCCAGGGCGCUGGUGGAGGCCAUGGCGCGGCACGAGAGCGCGGGGUGCCAGGAGCACGCGACGUACCUGGUCAUGGCGCUCGCGCACGGCGGCGGCGGCGGCCGCGCGCUGCUGCGGCGGAUGCGCCAGCUCGGCGCCGUGCAGGCGCUCCUCGAGGUGUCGCUGCUCGGGAGCCCCCUCGCGCGGAGCAGGGCGGCCAAGAUCCUUCAGUGGUUCAAGGACGACGGGCAGGACCGGAUCAGGGCGCACUCCGGCCCGCGCAUGGAAGCGUGCCAUGGCAACGACGGUGGUGCCGACGGGACGAAGGCUUGCCGGAGCGCCGUGGACAGGAUAGUGAAGCAGAGCCUGGACAUGAACAUGAGGUCCAUCAUGCGGCGAGCCACGGCGUCCGUGGACAUGACCAACGCCAAGCAGCUAGUGGCCAGCUCUAGCUCCAAGAGCCUGCCUUGCUGA